AUGGUAGAAAGAGACCUGCAACAGCUAAUGGAAGAGAAGGAGGUUAUCCAUUGGAACCCAGAAGAACGCGAGCAAUUUUUGAAAGGAAUUGAAAAAUAUGGUAAAGGAAAGUAUAAAAGAAUAUCUCGCGAGUUUGUACCGUCGAAGACUCCAAAGCAAGUUGCCAGUCAUGCUCAAAAGUACCUUUUAAAACAACAAGAACAAUCUGAAGAAAACACUAAUAAAAGAAGGUGCAAUAAUAUCCAUGAUAUGAAUAAUGCUUCCAAUGUUGGAGAAACUGAACCAAACAAGUUGGAGAAGACAUUGACCAUUAGGGAGCCACAAGUGCAACAUGGUACCAUUGAUCAGCACAAUGAUGUAGAGCCAAUAAUAAGUUUGGAGAGUGCCAACAAUAAUCAAUUUGAGGUCAUUCCGAAUUCUGGUAAUUUGCAUAGCGAUGAUCCUUAUGAAUGUGAUCAGUGUUUCCGUGAGGCUUUAGAGAGCUUAGUUGCUCAGGGUGUGACCUUUGACGGUAAUUCUUGGUGCAUACCACCCCAUACAAUAAUUCCGAGGAUUCUUUUAUAA